UCUUCUUCGAAAUAGUCACUUCCCACUUCGUCUUCUUUGUUGUAUAAUAGAAUGAUACAGAGUUCUUGCUGCGUCUGCUGGGUCGCCUGAAGGGUAAAGGGGUUUUCGUCAGCACAGCAUGGAUUUCCAGGGAUUCCUAAACGACUUGCAGGAUUGGGAACUUUCUAGAAAGGAUAAAACACAAACAGUGAAGUCACAACAGGAAAAUCAAUUCACAAAAGCUUCAUCUUCUCGACUGACUGGAUCUUCUCCAGGAUUGUACGGUUUAUCAAAAAUUAAUGAUCCUUUGAAUCGGUUGCAUGGUAGUUUUGUUCCUGAAGAUGUUCCUGAUGCUGCUUCUGAGAAAGAUCUGGGAAAUGAGUUUUUCAAGCAGAAGAAAUUUAAGGAAGCUAGAGACUGCUAUUCAAGGAGCAUUGCCCUAUCACCAACAGCUGUAGCAUAUGCAAAUAGGGCAAUGGCCAAUAUCAAGCUCAGGAGAUUCCAAGAGGCUGAGGAUGACUGCACAGAGGCCUUAGAUCUUGAUGAUCGUUACAUAAAAGCAUACUCACGAAGAGCAACAGCUAGAAAAGAACUUGGGAAAAUUAAAGAAUCAAUGGAGGAUGCUGAAUUUGCUUUGAGGUUGGAACCAAACAAUCAAGAAAUCAAGAAACAGUACGCAGAUGCUAAAUCUUUGUAUGAGAAAGAUAUUCUCCAGAAAGCAUCGGGAGCUCUGAGAAGCACUGUACAGGGAACUCAAAAAGUGGGAAAGUCAGAGGUAAAAGUUAACGGAGGCAGCAUCCACCCCAUUUCACAUGGUACUCAAAAGUCUGGUCCAGCUGAAGUUAAUCAUAAAAAGGUUAGUGAGCAGCAAAUACCUGUUAAAGAAUCACUUAUAACAGAGGAGGUCGAUAGCAGAGACACAGUAACCAGAAAAAGGCCUCAAGCACAAGGAGUUGAUGAUUCUAAGAAAGGUUUGAGUGCAAGUAACAGUUUGGAACAGAGAAAUCACAGAAUUAAACCAGAAAUGAAAGCAUCUGUUCAACAGCUUGCUUCUCGUGCUGCUUCUAGAGCCAUGGCCGAAGCUGCCAAAAACAUAACACCACCAACCACUGCGUACCAGUUUGAGGUCUCGUGGAGAGCAUUUUCGGGUGAUCUUGCUCUGCAGGCUCGUCUAUUAAAGGCUAUAUCUCCCCAAGAAUUACCGAAAAUAUUCAAAAAUGCUUUAUCUUCUACCCUCCUUGUUGACAUCAUCAAGUGUCUUUCAUCUUUUUUCACUGAGGACAUGGAUCUGGUUGUCAGUUACAUGGAGCAUUUGAUCAAAGUUCCAAGAUUUGACAUGAUUGUAAUGUGCCUUUCAUCAACAAAUAAGGAUGACAUACGGAAGAUCUGGGAUGAAGUGUUCAAAAGUGAGGCAACACCAAUCGAGUAUGCAGAGAUUCUAGACAACCUCCGAUCAAAGUUCUGCCUUGGACAGUGACAUCUUCACUUGUAUGUUCUAAUGUUAUUUUGACUCGGUGGAUCCUCUCCCAUACGCAACCAUCUUCACUUGUAAAUUAUUAUGCUAUUGAAAUUGAAAUAUUGGAGCAUUAUUGACGUUCAGCUUGAUCCAUCGAUAAAAAAUGGGAGGAAAAAGAAAGCAAAAAUGUGUAUGCUUGAUGCUGAGGAAGGUCUACGUUUAAAUGCUUUUUCCUUUCACGAUUUGGGUAUUGUAAAAUGAGUAAACGUUAAGAGGUAGUUCUAGCUGAUAACGAGAAAAUCAGCUGUUUAUACUUUAUUUCAUUUAUAAUUUUGAAUGUGUAGGGAUAUCGAAUAUUGAUUUUUGUAAGUGACAAAUGUUGCUUAUUUUACUCUUAAAAGUGAGUUGCUUUAAAGGAGCUUACAUUUC